UAGAUACCAGGUCGUCUCAACAGAAGAAAAACGAGUUUGGUCGUUCGGGUGUUUCCGUGAUAUGACGUAUCCGCUAGACCUUCAAAGUAAACAAAACUGUGAAAUUGCGUGCAUGUUUUGAUUUUGUUUUCGUGCUGUGGUUUAGUAAUGUAAAAAUGCCUGCUGUUGAGAAGAAAUUGGUUGCUUCAUUUGUAAGAAUAAGGACUUUUUUAAGAUCGAAUCAUUUCAAUCGACAGCUAAGUAAAAAACGUGUUGGAAGAAGCAGCAACAAAGUGUGCAAGAAAAUGAAAAAAAAUUGUAACAUAAAUAGUAGGCUUAUAGAUUUUUUGAAGGAAGUGUCAUUUAAUUUAGAUUUAGCAAAAAAAAUUGUGGGGUGUGUUUGGAGUGAUAGUAAUCUUUUGUAUUUCAUAUGAAAUAAUUUACAUGUGAAUUACAGUCAUGGAUAAUUUCAGAAUGUGUGUUUGCUACAGAAUUGUUUAACAAAAACUUAUGACUUCGCAAGAUAGAACUUCUAAAACUGUUUGACAGGACUAAAUGUUAUUGGAUGUAUUAUGUUUGUAGGAAAACAAUAAUAUAUUGAUAUACUGAUAUUGCUCAGCGUUCAUUGAAUAAAAGCAUGUUUGAUGUGAACCACACCUAAUGAACUUCAUUUUCUGGUUUAAUUAAUUUGUCAUUGCUUUGUUUAUCUUUAAAUAGCAAACAUUCCAUAGCUUGUCAGAUCACUCAUUCUUUCAUUGUAUUGUUUUCUUUCUCUGGUUUUUCACUAAAUUGAAACUAAAUAAAUAACUCUGGUCAUAUUGCAUAGAGUUGUCCCUUGUUACAUUCACAAGUAAUUGUCUAUGUUCUUAUUCUAUUUACAUAUUUGUGCAUUUUAUAAUUUUUAAUAUGUUUUGUGUUCAUAAUUGGGCCAUAGUGAUUUAAUGCAGUUUAACAAAAAAAAACCUGAACCUAACCACCGUUGUUUUCAACAUGAAUAGAAAAUAUGUAGCAUAUCAAACUAAGUAAUUCAGAUGCAUGGAAAAGUUACAAAUGUGUUUGUAUACUUAUGUAACAAGCAAGUGCACCCAUGUGAUAUUUUGAGGGGGGGGGGGGGGGGGGGGAAGUGAGAUCUGGAGGUAUAUGGUGUUUUAAAUAUUUUGGAAGACAAAUGGUGAUUUGUAAGUAGGUACAUAUAUUUAAAAUCUUCUACGUGAAAAUAUUUCAGUGUUGGACGACUUAUACGUAACUACAUUUUUGUCUUUCUCUAUCAAGGGGGGGGGGGGGAGGUGCUUUGCCCCAGGUAUGGGUGCCCAUGGUAACAAGAAAUAAUCUAGUGAUGUAAAAUAUGUCUUGUUAGCUCCAAAUGAAGUAUUUAGGGAGUCAUGCUUAGUUUUACCUCAAUUUAUAACCUGUAUUUGUCUACCACACACCAAAAUUUAUACUAAGCAUCAUCAUCCACUGUUUCCAGCCUGUGGCUGGGUCAGCCAAGUGGGUCUUGUGACUUUGUCCAUUUAACAAUCACAUUAAAGUGUGAUGAUAUUGAAAGCCUUGCAGUUUAUAUUUUAUUCGUACAAAUAUAUAGUAAUGUAUGUGUGUGUGUAUGUAUAUAUAUACACACACAUACAUACAUAUGCCAUAUAAAUUUCAGAGAUAAAGAAAAUAUGGUAUUAAUUUUCAUGGCUAGCUACCACACUAAUUCUUUUUAUCCAGGAUUUUGUGCGAAAUGACUUUUAUAAAAAAAAACUAAUGGCAACAGUAUAAUAAAUAAAUUUAACAUUUAAUAGAGGUGGUAUUAACCAACAUGUAAAUAAUGUUAUAUCAUUUACAUAAAUAUCUUGGUAACAAAAUUUAUUUAUGUACAUAUUUCAUUAAGGAGACUUAACGCUAAACCAUUUGAAACUUCGCAAAUAUGUAAAAUUACAGAAAAAAUAUUAAAUUACUUUUUAUGUAAAUUAAUGUAAUAAAUGAUCAGCUACAAGUUGGGAAAACAAUUCCUACACAUUUGCAUUGAAAAAAGCAAUUAAAGCAAAAUAGUAAUGAGAUAAUGCCUGUAGUAAAAAAUAAAGUUUUGUGUAUUUUUUGUCAGCUUUUUAUUUAUCUUUCAAAUAUGUGUUCAUUAUAAAACAUACUUGAAGUGCCUAUUUAUGUUGAUGAAAUAUUUAGAAAGAAAAAUCAUGUCAAUUGAUGUAGUUUGUAUGACAGAAUAUAGUGACUAAUUGUAUUUCUUUUAUAGCUUCUUACUCACCACAAUUUAUAAUAGGCAUAAGUAAAUGUAGAUUAUUAUGGAUUACCAAUAUAUUUUGUUAAAUACUGAAUUUUGAUGUAAUGAAUUAUGUUCUGGGAUCAGAUUUGGAGUGUUGAAAUAUUUCUGAUGAAUUAUUUGAGAAAAAUUACCUUGUUACUGUUUCUAGCAGUAAAGAAUUAUGAUGAGAGUAUACAGACUGCAUCUAAUAAAAUGAAAACAAUUUAAGAUAUGGAGAAAUGUGUUAUGUGCAUGAAAAAUAAUGAAAAUCUGUUAAAUUAAUGGUGACUUCGAAAUGCAAAUCAUCAAUAUAAUCACGAGUACAUUUAGUAAUGAAUUUAAUAGUCACAAAAAUAAAUAUUGCAAGUUUUAAAAGAUGUUACACUCCUAGGAUACAAACACUUACCUACAAUGAAAUAUUUUUCACAGUAAAUUAUUAUGUUUAUUUGGCUCAGUGGUUUGUACGUAGUUAUGGAUUACAAGUUUCCAGGUUUAAAUCCUGUCACUUAAGAAUUAUUUUAAGUAGGUACAUAAAUUUUUACUACAUUUUAACACACUAGAGUUAUAGUGUAUUAUAUUAUUGAUGGUUAUUUGUUCACAUAAUUGUUGUAAUUACUAUUAGCUUGGUCAUUUUUCACUAGGUGGUCUUACAAAAUUUAUAUAUUUUUUACUUGUAACAAAAAAUUAAUCUUACAAACACAAACAAUUUGUUUGCAUGCUGUUUUUUUUUAUAUACAAAUGUACAAUUUUAUUCUACACAAAUAAAGUUUUGCACAUUUAACCUUUGAAACUAGAGGAAUGUCACUGUCUACACAUUUAAAAAACCUGCCUCUUUUUCUACCUCUUACAGCAGAAGUUUGGCAUUUUGUGGUGAAAUUUUUUGUAACUAACAGUUCAAAAUAUGAUUACUACUGUGAACAUCUGAUCACAAAAUAAAAAAAACUAUUCUCAUGCUCCAUCUUCUACCAGUAGUUUAAUUUUCUGACAAAUUAAAAAAAAUAUAUUUUUUUAUUCUAGUUACUCUCGUUCAAAAAAAAUUAUGUUUGUCUAAACUGCAAAUUAUGUUUAUGUGAUACUGUUUCUCAUUAACGGCUUAGUACAAUUUUACGUCCCAAUGUUAAGAGAUGAAAUAAAAUUACCCAGCGAUGUAUCAUGUAAUAAAGACUUUGAACAAUGGUCUGUGAUAUUUGUGUUUUAAGCCACAUAUUUGCGGACCACUUGUUGGAAAGUAUCACAAGGUAGGAAUAAAGUGUUUCAGUGUUUUAGGCAUGUUUUCUUCCAGAAGAAGUGUUCAGGUAAAUCAGAAACUGAGUAUGCCUUACUGCCUGCACUAUGGUGCGUAAGUAGUGGCCGUAGUGGGAAAGGAGCAUAUUUAGGAAUACCAGCUUGGAAACAUGUACCUGCCAAGAAUGCCAAAAUACCAAAGUAUUUUUAUCAUGGUAAAUGAUCUGGGAGUUUGUUUUGCAAUUUUAAUUUGAGAUUUUAUAUCAAUAUUUAAUAGUAUAUGUGGUAAUUUUGGAGACUAUUAGUUUUUGGUAAAUAAGUUGAGUAAGGAUUAAAAUAAAAGAAUAUAAGCAGGGAAAUACAUAUAUUUUAAAGAAUUAAUUACUUUAAAAAAAUAAUUGUGUUAUUAUUGUACACUAAUAAAUCUUUCACUUAGAGCUACCAUUUUCAGAAUUACAGAUCCUAGUUAACCUAGCAAACCUUUCACAUAGUGAUCAUUUACCAUGUUACUCAGGAGUUACCAUUCUUAAGAAUUACAGGUGAUGGAAAGGGACAUGGUUAAUAGUAGGCCAGACAGCUUUAGAGUGCAGUUUAAUUUUUUUUACUUAAAUUAAUAAUUAUAAAUGACAGGUCUAUAAUAAAAUUUUCUAUGCAAAAUUACUAGCUCACUUAAUAUUAAAUUAAUGGUAGGAAGAGGGAGUGGUGACAUGGAGUACGUACCACAGGGGAGUGCCAUGGGGCCCUUGCUGUUCAUAAUGAAAGAUGUCUGGGAAAGCAUGAUGAGUAGAUAAAAAAAAAAUAAAAAAAUAGCGGACGGUGAAGAAGGGAGUAGGGGUCUGGGGUUAACUGCUAUGACACUAAAGGAGAGAAAUAAAAGUCAAUGAAAAGGCAUCUUCCAUGCUGGUGAUAACCAGAUAUGGAAUACGCCACAGGAAUUUGGGACUCGUACCUAGCGAUGGACAUUUAAGAGUUAUAAAGGUACAAUGCAAUGUAGUGAGAUAAGUGACAAAUAUCGGAGGAGAAAUGAUGACGGAAGAAGGAAGAUGCAUAGACCAUCAGUGAUGAUGAUGGAGCUUGUGUGGGACACACUGUAAAGGAGGAGAAAGAAAGAAUGGUGAAAUAGGUUAAGGUAAUUAAAGGGAGGGGAUUUUGGAAAGCUCAGAGAUAGGUAAAGGGCAGAGGGAUCACAUGUGGAAGAUCCACAGGUUAGAAUGCAAUGGAUUAGACAAAAUCAUAUUACUGCACACAAAUAUGAAAUUUGGUAGUUAAAGGGCCAUUAAAUAUUCUUAGAAUAUUUUUUGGAGGAUAGUCAUUACCAUAAAACUUGUUAUAUUGUAUGAUAUUUAAUACACUUACAAAGUUUGUUUACUACUGCAAAUGAACAUAACAUGUUGACACUUAAACAUCUAGCAAGGAAGCUAAAUGUAAUAUUGAAUAUAAUUACUUAUCAAUGGUAACAAGCAUAAACAAACUAGCAUUAAAUAACACAAUGUUGUGAAUAUUGCAAGAACAGCACGCAUCACAAUGUUUACCAACAACACCAGUUUAGAUUUUAAAAUACACAUUUGAGCCUAAUUUACGAUUAAAUAACUGACAACAUAACAAAGAUUAAAUAUAUUACUAGCGGAAACACGUGAUACAUUUAACCUGUACAUAAAUUACAUCAGUCUAUGUGAAUCGGAAAAUUUAAGAAAGUGCCAUUUAGACACGUGAUUAAUUUGAAUUCCCGCGGCAAUAUGGUCUAGCAUGUACGUCAGACGCGAUUGACCAAUAACAGUAAAAUAGCGGGAUGAGAUGACCUGGUAUCUAAUGACCUUGGUGUUUCUCAAUCUAAGUUGCAUCUGCUUGUUCUUACAUUUUAAUAACAUGGUGCAAAUCAAAAUUGCGAAUUUAGUUUCAAUCGCUUCUUUUUUUGUGGCCUAAUUCCUUUUUUUUCCUUAUUAACGAUUUUUAAACUUAUUCUACACAAUUUAUGAUAUACGUUUAUUUACUCUUUGGUAUAAUUCGUUUUAAGGAUUCGUUAUUACACGGCUAUGACUACGAAAAUUAAAAAAAGAUAUAAAAAGAAGCCAAAUAGCAAAGAAAGUCAUGAACACUAAUGAGUGAUAACGUUAAUUUUUCGAAAAUUAUCUUAUUUACUCAUUGUGUUGUGAUGAAUGAUAAAUGCCUUAUCAGUAACCUUGAACCUAAUUACUUGCGUAACAAUUUUUAAAUGUGAGGACUCGCCCAGUACCUUCAAAAACAACGUCAGAAGGAUGAGUGAAGACGGUAUCUUCCACGGCCCAGAGCCCCUGCCCCUUGCCAACAUGUCCUUGGGGAGGUUCCUAAUGCAGCGGCUACAGCAACACGGUGACCGGGAGUACCAGAUCCAUGCAGUGACAGGUGAGAGGACGACGUUCGCAGACGUGCUGCAGCGCAGCACUGCCCUUGCGACCGAGCUACGUGUCAGGGGCGUGAGACCGGGGCAAGUGGUGGGCGUGGCCAGCGAGAACCGCCUCGAGUUCUGCCUGCCCGUGCUGGCUGCCAGCUACCUGGGCGCGACUUGCGCCACCUUCAACCCUACCUACACUCUUCGGGAGAUGGAGCACGCCCUGAACAUCUCGAAGCCCUGCGUGGUGUUCUGCUCGCCGGUGUGCGAGCGGAGCGUCUGCGAGCUGGCGCGGCGCCUGCCCUUCGUGCGGGAGGUGGUGGUGUUUGGACCGUCCUCCGCCCUCGGCCGCCCACUGCUGUCGGACCUGGUGCGGCCCGGCGCGGACCGGCUCGGCGCGGCUGAGGACGUGGGGCCGGACGAGCACGUGGCGUGCGUGCUGUGCUCCAGCGGCACGACGGGCCUGCCCAAGGGCGUCAUGCUCACCGCACGCAACAUCCUGGCCACCAUGACCAACCUGAGUGAUCCAAGAUUUGCAAUUAUUAACCAUAACGAGACACAUCUUGGCGUGUUGCCAUUUUUUCAUGCCUAUGCAUUCAUGUGCCUGCUGGCUUCGUUGUGCAAUGGCUUCAGAGUCGUUGUUCUGCCCAAGUUCGAAGAGGAGUUGUUCUUGAGGAGCAUACAACAGUACAAGGUGACGUUGCUGACGCUCGUGCCCACACUGCUGGUGUUCCUGGGCAAGUCCCCGCGGGUGAGCCACUACGACCUGUCCAGCCUGCGGAUGGUGUGGUGUGGCGCGGCGCCUCUUCGCGAGGAGGUGCAGCGCCAGGUGGUGCGUCGCCUGGGCAUCGCCGGUGUGCAGCAAGGGUACGGCCUCACCGAGACCACGCUCGCAGUGUCCCACACACCCGUCGGCCACGACAAGCCGGGCGCCGCAGGCAAGCUGGCUCCUGGCAUCUCCGCCAAGGUGCUGGACUUGAAGACGGGCCAGCCACUCGGGGUUGACCAAGAAGGCGAGCUGUGCUUUAAGGGUGCGCUCAUCAUGAAGGGCUACUUGGGGGAUACAGGGGCCACAGCAGCCACGCUCGACCCUGACGGCUUCCUGCACACCGGCGAUGUGGGUAGGAUUGACCGGGACGGCUACGUGUACGUUGUCGACCGCCUCAAGGAACUCAUCAAGUACAAGGGCUUUCAGGUGCCGCCCGCGGAGUUGGAAGCCCUGCUGCUGACUCACCCGGCCGUGCAGGAUGCCGCGGUGGUCGGCGUACCGGACAGCGAGAGUGGGGAGCUGCCCCUGGCGUUCGUCGUCCGACAGCCCGGAGCGAGCGUCUCCGACCAAGACCUGAUCGCCUUCAUAGCAGGCCAGGUGUCGCCGCAGAAGAGGCUGCAUGGCGGAGUGAAGUUUGUUGAUGCAAUACCAAAAAAUGCCAGUGGGAAGAUUCUACGCCAACAACUAAGAAGUAUUUUGAAGUCAAAGUUGUAGUGUGUCCUGCUUUGGAUGACCACUAAUUGUGGCAGUGGUAAUUAAGAUAAGCCUGAUUCAAGUUGCAUCACCACUUUAUAAUUAUUUUAAAUAAAUAUUGGUUUCUGUUUUAAUAUA